AUGGAAUCCCUCCAGACCGAGCCUGAAACUAUACGUAUUCUAAAGAAAAGAAAGCGCGAACUCACAACCAAUUUGAGUAUAGCCCGGAAACCAUGGAGGGCACAUGGGUCGUUUGACCUAAAGUUCUGGAGUCAAGCUGUAAAGAUUGAAAGAAUCAAUUUGGAAAGGUCAGAAGUGGAUCGUAAGAUUUCACUUGGUAGUUUCGGGGGCUUAGAAGAAGAAUGGAAGAAGACAGACGAGGCCAAAAUGAUAUUAGAACGGAUUCAAGCCCAGGCGCAGACUCAGAAAAUCUGCGAGAAUAGGGUUAGCCAGUUGGAGAAUGUGCUACCUCGUCGGAGCUUAAGGGCAUCCUUUAUGAAACUCUUCACUACCUCUACCAUGGGCAUGGCCAUCAAAGGCACAGGCAAUGGGAAUCGCGACACCAGCCAACAAGCCAACUUUCGGGCAGGCAUGAUCAAGGCUUAUGACGCCUACCACCCUACGCAGCCAUGGAUUUGGUGCCCCAUUCUGGGUGAUUUUGACGAAGAAGAAAACAUACAAGCAUCCCACCUGUUCCCAUAUAUGAAUGGGCAGGAUACGAUGGAUGCUAUCUUCGGUAAGACGCGACCGGAGGAGCUUUUCUCGCCUCGAAAUGGCCUGCUUCUAUCUAGAAGGCUUGAGAGAUACUUCGAUGCUGGCAAAUUUGCUAUAGUACCGGAUAUUCCUGAAGCUCAGAAGCAUGUCCUAGCAUCCGUGAAGGGUUGGCUCAACUGUGAGCCUCGGGAGUACCGAGUCAAGCUUAUUGACCCGGACUGGGAGAGGAGGGAUGAGAAGGUCUCCCGACAUCACCCUAUCACAUUCGGAGAGCUGGACGGCCGCCAGCUCAAGUUCCGUUCGAGUUUUCGCCCUGCUGCUCGAUAUUUGUACUUCCACUACUGCGUCCAGAUGCUACGCAUGUGCUGGCAGCAUAGUAGCCAAGGGAAGUCCAGCCAGGCGGCUGCAAUCCUCCAGGCAGAGGAGGGAAAGCUAUUCUGGGGAACUGCGGGAAGAUAUCUCCCGCGCAACAUGCUGUUGGCCCUCGUAGAAGAGAUGGGCCACGAAUACAAAUUCGUGCUGGACGGGGCUACGAGGAGUCGGUCGGAGGAUGAUGACCUUCUGCUGGGAGUUUGUGCUCGAAAUAUUAAGACGCGGCCAUCAAUUUUGGCCCCUGGGGCUUUCCAACCUUGUUCAGAAGACGAGGUUUCCGGGAUUGAAGGGGAGGAAAGUGAUGACGAGUAG